AUGGCACUUCCCUCUUCUCACAUUGCCAAGCGCACGCGUCCACAACCCUCGUCCAUCUCGACCAAGCACGUGAGUGGAGACGACCACGUGUCCACGUGCUUCGAAGAUUCCGAAGGUCUGCAUCCGGUCGACGACUUUCCGGUCCUGGACGAUGUCCAGCCACGACGAAAGCGGCCCAUGCUCGCUGCAGAUCUCCGGUUUCUGGAAAAACUGCCUCCGCUGCGUAACUAUCACCGUGAACGCUCCGGACGUCGAGGAGGUGUUAAUGGAGGGGACGGCGACCGCUCCUUGUGGAUGCGCGCGCUGGAGGAGUCCAUGGAAGAGACGAGCUUCGUGACCCGGGAAAGGCCAACGCGGGCGGCUCUGGUCGCACCGGUUCCGAUCUCGGUGGGUAAACACCGGAGCAGCCACUUUGUACCGGGGCCCGUAGCAGUGGUCCAUGCUGCUAGGAUAGGAGUACCAGGUCCUUCACCAAUGAUGACGCCAAUAACGCGGAUCAGCAGUGCAGAUGACGACGCGAUCCGGAGACAACGGCGCUUUGCCUUGCAAGCAGUGCGAGGCGGUGGUAAAGACGACGAAGCUCGCCCGGCCACUGAAGGGUUUGUCUUGUAG